GAGAUUAGAACACUUCAUUCUUAAAUCAUUUCAUCCUGAGCAUCUAAAGGCCUUUUAUCUUUUUUUUUUACCACUUGCAAGGAUAUCGCAUACCAGAUAUGGCUGACAACGGCAACGCAAAUGCGCCUCCAGCCGAGGUCACCAAUGCGGUGCUCGUCAAGUCGGAAGAAAUGCCAAAGGACGCCCAAAAGGUAGAAGAACUUGAUUUCAACAAACUAAAGGGGCCCAUUACCGCAGAGGAUUUAUUUCUUGGCAUGAGAAACAUGGGAUUUCAGGCAACAUCGAUGAGUGAGGCCAUCAGGAUCAUCAACGACAUGAGAGCCUGGAGAGACCCUGAAACAGGGGACAAGACUACCAUCUUCCUGGGAUACACCUCAAACCUAAUCUCAUCCGGUCUAAGAGGCGUCUUUCGGUGGCUGGUGGAGCACAAGCAUGUCUCAGCUAUUGUGACCACAGCAGGAGGAGUUGAGGAGGACUUCAUCAAGUGUCUCGGCGAAACAUACAUGAGCUCCUUCAGCGCAGACGGCGCGAGUCUUCGAAAAAAGGGCCUCAACCGCAUCGGAAACCUCGUGGUUCCCAACGCAAACUACUGCGCUUUUGAGGACUGGGUGGUGCCCAUCUUUGACAAGAUGCUGGAGGAACAGGAAGCCAGCAAAGGAACGGAAGACGAGAUUCACUGGACGCCAUCCAAGGUUAUCCACCGGCUUGGCAAGGAGAUUAAUGAUGAGCGCUCGGUAUACUACUGGGCGUACAAGAACGACAUUCCCGUCUUCUGCCCUGCCCUGACGGACGGCAGCCUUGGAGAUAUGCUCUACUUUCACACAUUCAAAACUUCACCACAGCAGUUGCGAGUCGACCUCGUGGAAGAUAUCCGCCGUAUCAACACCAUUGCCGUGCGAGCAAAGAGAGCAGGAAUGAUUAUCCUGGGAGGUGGAGUGGUCAAGCACCACAUUGCAAACGCAUGCCUGAUGAGAAACGGCGCGGAAUCAGCCGUCUACAUCAACACGGCCCAAGAAUUCGACGGCAGUGACGCCGGUGCUCGUCCGGAUGAGGCCGUAUCAUGGGGCAAGAUUAAAAUUGGAGCAGAUAAUGUCAAGGUAUACUUGGAAGCCACGGCUUGCUUCCCCUUUAUUGUAGCGAACACAUUUGCGAAAGACAUUUAGACUUGGACAUGUACUCAAAGAUAUCCCAAGAUAUUCUCGUUUAUCCUUGCUGUAUUGCUGAAUAGGUAGACUAUACUCGUACAUGAUUCCCCAUUCGAAUCGGCAAGACGCUUAGAGUUACGAGGGUGGAUUUGUAAACUCGCAGUGUUAUGUCACCUGCAUAGGGCUACAACUCACCAAUUAGUUUCUUGAAGCUACUGAGCGCAGACGCCCAAUCAGAAGCCCCUUGUCCCUCUGCCCAGACACCCACAGCCUCUAUUCCCUCCAAGUCCUCCUUCAUAUGAUGCUCACUUGUCGUUCCAUCCAAGAUGGUCGUUCCCCCAAGACCCAACACCAUGGAAUAAUACGCCGCAACCGCUCCCACUCCGACCUUUUGUGCCACCUCUCGAACGGGGCUGCAUUGAAGAAGAUGCCUGUUGGCGGAGACUGUCCAAAAUGAUUGAAACACAAUUUUCUGCUCGCGACAGAAUGCCCUAAGAUCAGUCUCGUAACCAGUCCUGUUAUGGAACCGAUUUUGCACAACGGCCGGCUUGACGCUCAUGUCGUUGAAUAAAGCCUGCAAGACCGGCAAGGUGGUGUUGGAGAUGCCGAGAUUGCGAAUUCUGUGCGGAGUAUACGUUUCGAGAGUUUUCCACACGGUGAUCGUCUCUUGGAUCGUGUCCAUGGGGGAAUGCAGCACGAGGCUGUCCAGGUAUGCUUCUUGGCCAUCAAUCGUAAAGUUGGCGAGAGAUGACUGCACCGAUUGAUGGACCUUGUCAGCCAGCGGGGCAUUGAAGUCGUAUGGAGCAAUGUCACUCUGCCCCGCUGGCGAGGUGAAC